AUGGACCUCGCCGAACGGGGGUCCGAUGGUUCGUCGGCUGGCGGGGGAGGGGUGACCUUUGCCACUGGGGAGGGGGGAGACGAGAAUGGUGCUGGAGGGACGAUCACGAAUACAACCAGCGGCAACGGGAACGCAAACGCGAACGGGACGCCAAAGGAAGAGUUUAAAAACUUCGCGUUACCACUGGCUAGGAUCAAAAAGGUCAUGAAGAGUGAUCCGGAGGUGAAGAUGAUCAGCGCCGAGGUGCCUGUGUUACUUGGCAAGUGCUGUGAGAUCUUUAUCGCCGAAUUGACGUCCCGCGCAUGGCUGGUCGCACAAUCGAAUAAACGGAGAACGUUGCAGAAAUCGGAUGUGGCGGCCGCAAUCGGGUACUCAGACAUGUUUGAUUUCCUGAUCGAUAUCGUCCCCCGAGAAGAGGCCAAGGGGGUGGGAAUGGAUGCAGAUGGUGGCAAGAACAACAAUACUAACAAUAACAAUAAUGUCAACAACGGUACGGGAGGUGCGGUCGGUGGAGUGACAGCGGCUGCAGUCACCGGAGUGAAGCGGAAAGCUGCGGGAGAUGCGGAUGACCAAGCGGGGACGAAACGACAGCGCGAAGACGAGGACGAAUCGAGUUGA